CCUGCAGCAGGAUUGAAAUACACCGACAGCCAGCGAGUGAUUAUCCUCGUUAAGGACAUCAACGAUGAGCCACCGUAUUUUAUCAACCGGCCGCUCCCCAUGCAAGCCGUGGUGCAGCUGAAUGCCCCUCCAAACACCCCGGUCUUCACACUGCAGGCCCGCGAUCCUGAUACGGACCAUAACAUUCACUACUUCAUCGUUCGUGAUCGAACCGGUGGCCGAUUUGAAGUGGAUGAACGUUCCGGAGUGGUACGAACCCGGGGAACUGAUCUGUUCCAGCUGGACAUGGAGUACGUGCUGUACGUGAAAGCCGAAGAUCAGAACGGUAAGGUGGAUGAUCGGCGCUUCCAGAGCACCCCAGAGGAACGACUGUCGAUCGUGGGUGGCAAACGGGCGCCCCAGUUCUACAUGCCGAGCUACGAGGCGGAGAUCCCGGAAAACCAGAAGAAGGAUUCAGACAUUAUCUCCGUGAAGGCAAAAUCAUUCGCCGAUCGGGAGAUUCGUUAUACGCUGAAGGCUCAGGGACAGGGCGCUGGUACGUUCAAUAUUGGUCCAACGUCGGGCAUCGUUAAGUUAGCGAAAGAGUUGGACUUUGAGGAUCUGCGACAGCCGCAUGUUUAUUCGCUAGUUGUGACCGCAACGGAGGAUUCCGGUGGAUUCUCCACUUCGGUUGAGCUCACGAUCCGUGUCACCGACGUGAACGACAACGCACCCAAGUUCGAACUGCCCGACUACCAAGCCCACAACGUGGACGAAGACAUCCCGCUGGGUACCAGCAUUCUCAAGGUGAAAGCCAUGGAUGCCGACUCGGGAGCGAAUGCGGAAAUUGAAUAUCUGGUUUCGGACGACCACUUUGCCGUCGAUUCGAACGGAAUCAUUGUGAACAACAAGCAGCUGGAUGCGGACAACAACAACGCGUACUACGAGUUCGUGGUGACGGCUAAGGACAAGGGUGAACCGGCCAAGACCGGUACCGCUACCGUGCGCGUGUACACCAAAAACAAGAACGACGAAGAGCCCAAGUUUUCCCAGCAGGUGUACACCCCGAACGUGGACGAGAACGCGGGUCCCAACACACUGGUCACGACGGUGGUGGCUUCCGACAAGGACGGUGACAAUGUGCGGUUCGGGUUCGUCGGGGGCGGCACCAGCAGUGGGCAGUUUGUGAUCGAGGAGAUCACCGGUGUCAUCCGGUUGCACAAUAAAGGAAUCUCGCUCGAUCGGGACAAGUAUGAGCUGAAUGUGACAGCUAUGGAUGAUGGGUCCUGUUGUAUCAAUGGUGAUGCGACAAUUCAUACAUCUACAGCUGUUGUCGUUGUGUUCAUAACCGAUGUCAACGACAACAAGCCCGUGUUCAAAGACUGCGGCACGUACUACCCGAAGGUGGAGGAGGGUGCCCCGAACGGAAGCCCCGUGAUCAAGGUGCAAGCGACCGACGAGGACAAGGGGGUGAAUGGACAGGUUAAAUACUCAAUCGUUCAGCAACCCAAUCAGAAGGGCACCAAGUUCACGGUGGAUGAAGAAACGGGCGAGGUGUCCACCAAUAAAGUGUUCGAUCGAGAGGGUGACGACGGCAAGUUUGUGUCCGUUACCGUCAAAGCUACCGAUCAGGGCGAGCCCAGUCUCGAGGGGGUUUGCUCCUUUACCGUUGAAAUCACCGACGUGAACGACAAUCCUCCGCUCUUCGAUCGACAGAAAUACGUCGAAAAUGUCAAACAAGAUGCCAGCAUCGGAACGAACAUCCUGCGGGUGUCGGCAUCCGAUGAGGACGCCGACAACAACGGGGCGAUUGUGUACACGCUCAGUGCACCCCACAGUCCGAACGAUCUCGAGUAUUUCGAGAUCCAGCCGGAGUCCGGGUGGAUCGUGCUGAAGAAGCCACUAGACCGUGAACGCUACCGCCUUAAAGUGUACGCCUCCGACCGGGGCGAUCCGCCCUCCACCGCCGACGUUGAUGUCGAGCUCGAUGUGGUCGAUCGGAACAAUAAGCCGCCGAUUUGGGAUCGCAGUGUAUAUGGCCCCAUACACAUUAAAGAAAAUGUCACUGUCGGUACAGUAGUUACAUCGAUCAAAGCAAGCGCGAAACGUACAAGCUGGAGGCGAUGGCCCAAGAUAAGGGAUACCCGCCACUGUCACGUACGGUCGAGGUGCAGAUCGACGUCGUCGAUCGGGCGAACAACCCGCCAGUGUGGGACAACACAGUUUAUGGUCCGAUUUACGUGAAGGAAAAUAUGCCGGUCGGUGGAAAAGUCGUUUCCAUUAAAGCCAGCUCCGGCAUCGAGGGAAAUCCCACGGUGUUUUACAGAUUGAUGCCGGGAUCGACGGCGCAGACCAACAAGUUGCACACGUUCUACCUCCAGCAGCGGCCAGACAAUGGCGAUACGUGGGCGGAUAUAAAAGUCAACCAU